AUGGAUCUACGUGUGGGCAGGAAGUUUAGGAUAGGUCGGAAGAUCGGUAGUGGUUCCUUUGGUGAUAUUUACCAUGGUACUAAUCUAAUCAGUGGCGAGGAGGUUGCCAUCAAGCUGGAGUCGAUUCGGUCCCGGCACCCGCAGUUGGACUAUGAGUCUCGUGUGUACAAGUACCUGAGUGGUGGUGUUGGUAUUCCGUUUAUCCGCUGGUUUGGCCGCGAGGGUGAGUACAACGCUAUGGUCAUAGAUCUGCUGGGGCCCUCCCUCGAGGAUCUGUUCAACUACUGUCACAGGAAGUUCUCGUUCAAGACCGUGAUCAUGCUCGCGCUCCAGAUGAUAUGCCGCGUGCAGUACAUCCACGGCAGGUCCUUCAUCCACAGAGAUAUCAAGCCGGACAACUUCUUGAUGGGCGUGGGCCGUCGCGGCUCUACCGUGCACGUCAUAGAUUUCGGUCUGUCCAAGAAGUACAGAGAUUUCAACACGCACCGUCACAUCCCAUACAGAGAGAACAAGUCCCUGACAGGUACAGCCAGAUACGCCAGUGUAAAUACACACCUGGGUAUCGAACAGAGCAGAAGAGACGACCUGGAGUCCCUAGGAUACAUGCUGAUAUAUUUCUGCAAGGGAUCCCUACCAUGGCAAGGUUUGAAGGCCACCACCAAGAAACAAAAAUACGACCGUAUCCUGGAGAAGAAACUGUGCAUUAGCGUAGAGACUCUCUGCGCAGGGCUACCACUGGAAUUCUCAGAGUACAUGAACUACUGUAGAAACUUGAAGUUCGAUGAAAGACCAGAUUAUCUCUACUUAGCCAGACUGUUCAAAGACCUAAGCAUUAAAUUGGAAUACCACAACGAUCACCUCUUUGACUGGACCAUGCUUAGAUACACCAAGGCCAUGGUAGAAAAACAAAAAGACGUACUGAUGCUUGACACAUCAUCCACUGCAAACGCCAAUAAGGAAAGUGGUAACAACAACAACGAAUCAAACACAACCAGCAAUACCAAGGACAGCAAGAACGAUUCUUUCAAUAAGGUUAAACUAUUGGCCAUGAAAAAGUUUGCUAGUCACUUCCAUUAUUGCAAGAAUGACGAUAAGCAUUACCCAACACCAGAAGAGAUCAAACAGCAAACAGUCCAAAACAACAAUGCUGCCGCAUCCCUUCCUCCAGAGCUCUUAAGUGCUAUAGAUAAAGGCAUGGAGAAUCUAAAACAACAACAGAAUCAACAGCAACAACAAUCACAACAGGUUCAAAUGCAACCGCUGGCGUCUGCUGAACUGAACCAGGAUCAAUUACCCCCACAAGGUCCUGAACCACUACUACAGAGACAAAGAAAAGAAACUCAAGGGCAGUUUGUUCCUACCCAGGAACCAGUAAACAGAGCCACUCACUAUCCACCAAACGUUCAAACAAAUAAUAUGCCACAAGUUCAACAGCAAAACAUUUCUCCACAAAAUCCAAAACCUUCUGGUGAUAAUAUAUGGCUCUGA